GCCGGCACGUGGCGCCGCGAGCACCAUCGUGGCCCCGGAAUGCGCAGGCGCAGUCGGGCCCAGACUACAUCUCCCGGCGGCCCCUGCGCCAUGGUGGCCGCCCGCCUCCUUCCCGGCAGCGCCCGCCGUCCCUUCCGGCUGCGAGCGGCGGCGGCGGCUCCGCGGGGCGGGCCCGCCCCGCCAUGGCGUCCUGCGCUGACAUCCUCCGCUCCGAGUUCCCCGACUUGGACGGCGAGCUCUUCGCUUACGUGACGGGGAUCCUGCACGGCGGCGGGGCGGACUUCGAGUCAGUGGACGAGCUGGAGGAGGCGGUGGGCGCGCUGUUGCGGGAGGUGUCGCAGGACACCAAGGACGACGGCGCCAUCAGGGAGAUCUGCCAGCGCCUCUUCAACACCCUGCAGCUGGACGAGGGCCAAGCCCAGCGCUGCAGCCAGGUGUUGCUGGAUGCCCCCAUCCAGCUUUCCCAGAUCACUGAUGGAUACGGUGACGCCAGCGCGGAUCUGCUGCCGGGGCUGCUGCUGAAGAGAGGCCAGGGCUCGAUGGUGAAUGCCAAGAAACUGGAGAAGGCAGAAGCCAGGCUGAAAGCCAAGCAGGACAAGAGGCUGGAGCGGGAUUCCCUGAAGUCAUCGGGCCCUGUAGUCCUUGAGGAGGCAUCUGCCAGCCAAGCUUCCAGCAAGAAGGAGACUCGCAUGGAGUCGUCAGGCAAGAACAAGUCGUACGACGUGCGCAUCGAGAACUUCGACGUGUCCUUCGGGGAGCGUGUCCUGCUGACGGGAGCAGACCUGAACCUGGCCUUCGGGCGGCGCUACGGGCUGGUGGGCAGGAACGGGCUGGGGAAGACCACGCUGCUGAAGAUGAUCGCCAGCCAGAGCCUGCGCAUCCCCUCGCACAUCAGCAUCCUGCACGUGGAGCAGGAGGUGGCAGGGGAUGACACACCAGCGCUGCAGAGUGUGCUGGAGUGUGACACCACUCGUGAGAGCCUGCUGCGGGAGGAGAGGGACCUGACAGCCAAGAUCAGUUCUGGCAGGGGAGAAGGGACAGAAGGUGCCAGACUGUCAGAGAUCUAUGCUAAGCUGGAGGAGAUUGAGGCAGACAAGGCCCCAGCAAGGGCGUCCGUCAUUCUUGCUGGGCUGGGCUUUAAUGCAAAGAUGCAACAACAGACAACCAAAGAGUUUUCUGGAGGCUGGAGAAUGAGACUGGCCUUAGCCAGAGCCCUGUUUGCCAGGCCAGAUCUCCUUCUGCUGGAUGAGCCAACGAACAUGCUGGAUGUGAGGGCAAUUCUGUGGCUGGAGAGCUAUCUGCAGACCUGGCAGUCGACCAUCCUCGUGGUGUCCCACGACAGGAACUUCCUGAACGCGGUGGCCACGGACAUCAUCCACCUGCACUCGCAGCGGCUGGACAUGUACCGGGGGGACUUUGAGAACUUCAUCAAGAUCAAGGAGGAGAGGCUCAAGAACCAGCAGCGAGAGUACGAGGCCCAGCAGCAGUACCGUGAGCACAUCCAGGUUUUCAUUGACCGCUUUCGCUACAACGCCAACCGGGCGUCCCAGGUCCAGAGCAAGCUCAAGCUGUUGGAGAAGCUGCCAGCACUGAAACCUGUGGACAAGGAAUCUGAGGUGAUCAUCAGGUUCCCCGAUGGCUUUGAGAAGUUCUCCCCCCCAAUCCUGCAGCUGGAUGAAGUAGACUUUUAUUAUGAGCCAAGUCACUACAUCUUUCAUUCCCUCUCUGUCUCUGCUGACCUGGAGUCCCGCAUCUGUGUGGUUGGGGAAAACGGAGCUGGCAAGUCAACCAUGCUAAAGAUCUUAAUGGGGGAGCUGGCACCAGUCAGAGGGAUCAGACAUGCUCACAGAAACCUAAAGAUUGGUUAUUUCAGCCAGCACCAUGUGGAUCAACUAGACUUGAAUAUCAGUGCUGUAGAGUUACUGGCAAGAAAGUUCCCAGGGAAGACGGAGGAGGAGUACCGGCAUCAGCUGGGGAGCUACGGCAUCUCCGGGGAGCUGGCCGUGCGUCCCGUGGCCAGCCUGUCCGGGGGCCAGAAGAGUCGGGUGGCCUUUGCCCAGAUGACUAUGCCCUGUCCGAACUUCUACAUCCUGGAUGAGCCAACAAAUCACCUGGACAUGGAGACCAUUGAGGCGCUGGCAAAGGCACUGAAUAAGUUCCGGGGUGGCAUAAUCCUGGUGUCCCAUGACGAACGCUUCAUCCGCCUGGUGUGCCAGGAGCUGUGGGUGUGUGAGAACGGCACCGUCACCCGCAUCGAGGGUGGCUUUGACCAGUACAGAGACAUCCUGAAGGAGCAGUUCCGCAAGGAGGGUUUCCUAUAAGGCAGGUGGGAGCCGGACUGUGCCAGGGGCUGGAGAGCAAAGCUCAGCCACCUCGGCUUCCAUCCCAACUGUGCCUGGCAGAGCGCCGAGGACGCUGCUGCCCACAUGGACCGUCAGCCAUGCCAUCAAACUGCCACCUGACCUGCUCUCCCCUCCCGGGGCCGGCUGGAAGGACAGCGCGGGAGCAGGAGCCUGGUGUGCGUGGCCAGGGGCACGCCAGGGCUCUGGCACUGGCCAGGGCUGUGCCUGGCCCUGGGCACACUGGGAAGGCUGUGCCCAGAGCUGCUGCUGUGCCGAGAGGAGGGAAGGCAGAGCAUCCUGACCCUCGGUUUAACUCUGUGCUCUGCAGGGCAGAAGAGCUGUUCUCCGUGUUUCUUCGCUUCACCCUCUGCCUUUUUCUUUCUUUGUUUUUUUGUUUAACUGCCUGAGCAUUAGUCCGGCUCCAUCACAUGCCGCUGUCCUCCCUGCUGCCUUGGAGGGAAACGAGGCAUUUGCUGCUAAAAGUGACCCCUGCCUCUUCCCCAGCCCCCCGAUGCUGGGGCUUGCUUACGUCUGUAGUGCCAAGGGAGCCAGAGCCCGGUUCUGCCGGGCGUGCUCCCUGCUCCUUUCCCUGUGCUGCUGCCGGUACCGCCUCGCUGCCUGCCUUGCCUUUGAGCCGGCUCGGGGGUGGACUGCCCUGGGGUGGGCUGCCCAGCAUCCCUUCCUGCCCACCCACACAGAGGUUGUGGUGUAAAUAAACCCAGGACGCAGU